CCUCCACCUCCCUCCCUCCACCUCCUCUUCUUUUCCUCCCUUGAAAGCCAUUUCUCUUUCCUUUCCCCGUCCCCUUUCCACCCCACUCUACCCCUUGGGAGGAUCCCCAUCAAAUUGAGUCAAGAUGAGUUCGGAGGCGGUGCCCGAGUCGAUCGCGAAGAAGCGCGAGCGCGAGGAGAAGUGGGGCGCGGCGAUCGAGAAGAAGGCCAAGGAGACCAAGGCCAAGAACAAGCUCAUCCGCAAAAUCAUCCACCAACGCGCCGCCGCCUAUGACAAGUCGUACGCCCGCAAGGAGCGCGAGCUGGUGGAGCUGAAGCGCGAGGCGAAGCUCAGCGGCGGCUUCUACGUGGAGCCCGAGCCCAAGUUGCUCUUCAUCAUCCGAAUUCGCGGUGUGAACGACAUGCACCCCAAGACCCGCAAGAUCAUGCAGCUCCUGCGACUUCGCCAGAUCUUCAACGGGGUGUUCCUGAGGGUCACCAAGGCCACCCUGCAGAUGCUGCGAUUGGUGGAGCCUUACGUCACCUACGGCUACCCGAACCUGAAGUCGGUGCGCGAGUUGAUCUACAAGCGCGGCUUCGGCAAGGUCAGGCACCAGCGCAUCGCCCUCACCGACAACUCCGUCGUGCAAAAAGUGCUGGGGCAGAAGAAGAUUCUGUGUGUGGAGGAUUUGAUUUACCAGAUCUUCACGACGGGCCCGCACUUCAAGGCGUGCAACAACUUCCUGUGGCCCUUCAAGCUGUCGGCGCCCAGCGGUGGGAUGAAGAAGAAGCGCCUGCACUUUGUGGAGGGGGGUGAUGCCGGUAACCGCGAGGACAAGAUCAACGCGCUCAUCCGACGCAUGAACUAAGUGGGAGCUUUUGAACGGAACGCCUUGUGCCAUGAGCCACUUUAGUGGAUCAGAUAUUCAGGCUUGCAAGAUAGGUCGGGUGUUUUAUGAUUUGCCUGCUGUUCUUCCCAGGCAAUCUAAUUGCACUUGCACUGCUGGCCUGUAUGCUUUCGUGGUUUCAGUGAAUUAAUGAGAAUACAGUAGAUGCUGCCAUAACUACAACGUGGUGCUCAUAAUGUGCCUGCAAUACACUGAAGGCUUUUCACCUGCACUG